UAUAAUCCCCAUCGACAACGAGUAUACCUUCCAAUUCUUCCAUUGUAAACAACCAUUUGGGCUGUUUACUUUACUUCAAUCUUCGGACGAUUAAACUCUUCCUUCGUCAAAAUUCUAACUUCAACUGUGACCGGUAUUACUACAACAGCAGUCAUGUCUGUGCGCGCACAAUUCGAAAACUCCAACGAGGUCGGCGUCUUCGCGACACUCACAAAUUCAUAUGCCCUUACCGCGGUCGGCGCAAGCGAAAACUUUUACAGUGUUUUUGAAUCAGAAUUGCAAGAUGUCAUUCCUAUUUGCCGGUGUACGAUUGCGGGCACGCGCAUCAUCGGUCGAUUAACGGCUGGAAAUCGCAAAGGCCUUCUUGUUCCUACAACCACAACCGAUCAAGAACUCCAACACUUGCGGAAUUCUCUACCAGACGAAGUCAAGAUCCAGCGAAUAGAAGAACGUCUGUCUGCCUUGGGCAAUGUCAUCGUAUCGAAUGACCACAUAGCUCUGGUCCACCCCGAUCUAGAGCGGGAGACGGAAGAGAUUAUCGCGGAUGUUUUAGGUGUUGAGGUUUUCCGACAGACCGUUGCCGAUAAUGUGUUGGUGGGCAGCUACAUGAGCCUAAGCAACCAGGGCGGCCUGGUACAUCCCAAGACCAGCAUCCAGGACCAAGACGAAUUGAGCAGCUUGCUUCAAGUACCCCUAGUUGCGGGAAGCGUAAACCGGGGUAGCAAUGUGGUUGGAGCUGGUAUGGUAGUCAACGACUGGCUGGCGGUGACGGGAUUGGAUACUACGGCGACAGAGCUGAGCGUGAUCGAGAGCGUCUUCCGACUAGGCGAGGGUGCGGCACCGGGUAAUAUUGGCGGUAAGCUGAAGGACACAAUGGUGGAGAGUUUCUACUAAAGGGACUGGACUACAUUGUGCACCUUUUGCGGGCUAGCCGGAAAACAUGGCUUCUAUUUGAUGUUGAAUAUUGAGGUCUCGGCCUACGCUCAUGAGCAUGGUUUUCGCCGAAAAGUACUUCCCAUGUUGGCUCGACAUGGAUUUAUAUACCAGUCACCCGAGUUGGUAUGAUGGACAGCUGAGUAUCAGGAUUCAGCUUUGCGGGUUGUCGUGCCAAAAAAUAAGGGUCUGGUAUAAUUAGUUAUUCAAUGAAGCAUUCCGACUACCCAAUCAUCCUGCUACCGAUGAAAGGCGGUAUAUUUGUCUCAAGUGAUCGAUCGGGCCACCGUCGUACAUAUAUAUACUUAACAUCGCCGAUGAUGGAAUGACUUCGAAGUUGUUUCAAGGUUUGCAAGGCGUUUAUUUGGUGCCCAAUCGGACGAUCAUCGAUCAUCGCAACUUCGGGAUAAUUGUCUUUAAUGUUAACUUAAUUCCCACGUGCCACGGAUACCAAGAUUCAAGAUGCUUAAAUGAAGUUCACGCUGUCUUAAUAGACCUGGCGUAGAUCCUAUCAGCAAUAGCGCGCCACUUUGAUUGAAUGGCUUGCGCCUUGAGGUCUAGAGUUUUUAUAGAAUACACUACUUAAUAUACA